CCGGAAAAGAGAGCGGGGAAAUUUGACAGUCGCCCAUUAUUGCUACAAAGUAAGGUCGUUUAUGACGGUUUUUGUUGUGUGAGUAAAAAGUGGGGUUGUUCAUUAAAACGUCAUCUAUCUAGCCUGCCGUCUGACCCACAAUGAGAACUUUAGAGGAGGUUCAGGCCACUCUGCAGAUCGCCAAGCUGAAAGAGGAAGAUCUACAGAAAACAAUCCACUGCCUGUCUUUUGGGGAAAACGUUUCAUCUGCAGACUACUGCAUCAUGGAGCUGGACGAGACCCUGUGCAAACACAUAGAAGCUGGACAGAGUCUAGUGAUUCGAGGGGAUACGGAAGAGCGUGCAGUUCUCUGUAGCGGUGACAAGACCUACGAUCUUAAAAUAGCCGACACAUCCAACCUGCUGCUGUUUCUACCAGAAUGCAGAACGCCAGACCAACUUACCAACAGCCAGGAAAGCUCUCAUGUGGUGCACUCGCAGAUCUGGGGAUUUUGUAACAGCUACUGGGAACUGAAGAAACAGCGUCCUAAACUGAAGAAACUGAAGAAGAUUUUAAUGGAGAAUCCUUAUGAAGGACCUGCUUUAGGGGGGCAAGAGGAGAAUACAGAAAACAGGUACACAAUGCAGGAUCUGUUGGACAGGAUCCAGGCCAGCGAAGAGGAGCUAAAGACCCACUUAGAGACCAUCCAUGCCUGUCAGAUAGAUGGCUACUGGCGUGUGCUGGACUUUGACUAUGAGAUGAAGCUGCUCGGUCAUGUUGCUCAGCUGAUAGAUUCUGAGUCGUGGUCCUUCAACAAAGUUCCUCUCCAAACCAGUCUGCAAGAGUUGGCUCCACUGGAGCCCAAAGAGAUGAUUGAGCACUGUUUGAACUGCUAUGGGAGGCGCUAUACUGAAAACGACAAAGUUUUUUAUGCAAUGCAUGAGGAUAAAGUAUGUCGGGGCAUGGCGUUAAUGCUGCUGCAGAACGCUGUGAAGUUCAACCUGAGAGAGUUUCAGGAAGUCUGGCAGCAGAGCGUCCCAGAGGGCAUGAGCACAAGACUAGAGCAACUAAAGAGUGUCGCCCUGGUGGACCGCGCCUCCCACCCAGAGACCAUUUGCCUGCUGAGGGUGGAGGAUCUCUCAGAAGACACGCUGGAGCGCUUCAACCACCUCUUCACACUCAGAGAGAAAUGGACAGAGGAUGACAUCACGCCAUACAUACAGGACCUGUGUGGAGAGAAACAGACCACCGGAGCUCUACUGACCAAAUAUGCACGAUCCUCAAUGCAAAAUGGGAUCAAGGUCUUCAACUCCAGAAGGCCUGUGGCUACAUGAACAUGUGCACUGUCAAGUUAUAAAGUUACAUUUGAAAAUGAAUGCUGAUAUGUUUAUUCCCAGAGUGACUUUUGCAAUUGUCAAAAUUAUUUUACAAAUAAUUGGCAUUUUUCGUUAUGUUUUAGCAACCAGCUAGCUUGUAAAGUGUAUGAUGAUAAAAAAGAAACAACUUCAAUUCAAAUGUUGAAAGAUCUUUGUCACUUUACCAUAACUUCAUCUUUAUUUCAGUUGUUUUGUCUGUAAAUAAAAUGUUGGUUAUAAAAUGAG